AGGUGGAGGAGGAGGAGGAGGAGGCGGCGGCGAGAAGAUGGCGACUUCGAACAAUCCGCGGAAAUUUAGCGAGAAGAUCGCACUGCACAACCAGAAGCAGGCGGAGGAGACGGCGGCCUUCGAGGAGGUCAUGAAGGACCUGAGCCUGACGCGGGCCGCGCGGCUUCAACUGCAGAAGUCCCAGUACCUGCAGCUGGGCCCCAGCCGCGGCCAGUACUAUGGCGGGUCCCUGCCCAACGUGAACCAGAUUGGAAGUGGCAGCAUGGAUUUCUCCUUCCAGACACCGUUUCAGUCCUCAGGCCUGGACACGAGUCGGACCACACGACACCAUGGGCUUGUGGACAGAGUGUAUCGUGAGAGGGGUAGACUUGGCUCCCCACACCGCCGGCCCCUGUCAGUUGACAAGCACGGGCGACAGGCUGACAGCUGCCCCUACGGCACCGUGUACCUCUCGCCUCCUGCGGACACCAGCUGGAGGAGGACCAACUCUGACUCUGCCCUGCACCAGAGCACAAUGACACCCACCCAGGCAGAAUCCCUCUCAGGCGGGUCCCAGGACGCACAUCAGAAGAGAGUGUUACUGCUUGCCGUCCCAGGCAUGGAGGAGACCAGAUCCGAGACAGACAAGACUCUUUCUAAGCAGUCAUGGGACUCCAAGAAGACGGGUUCCAGGCCCAAGUCCUGCGAGGUCCCUGGAAUCAACAUCUUCCCAUCUGCAGAGCAGGAGAGCACGGCAGCCCUGAUCCCCGCUCCCCACAACACAGGGGGCUCCCUCCCUGACCUCAGCAACACGCAUUUCCCCUCCCCACUCCCGACACCGCUGGACCCCGAGGAGCCUGCCUUCCCUGCUCUCACCAGCUCUGGCAGCACCGGCAGCCUCGCACACCUCGGCGUCAGCGGCACUGCUCAGGGCAUGAACACCCCCGGCUCUUCUCCACAGCACCGGCCAGCAGUCAUCAGCCCCCUGUCCCUGAGCACAGAGGCCAGGCGGCAGCAGGCCCAGCAGGUGUCACCCACUCUGUCCCCGUUGUCACCCAUCACUCAGGCCGUGGCCAUGGACGCCCUGUCCCUGGAACAACAGCUGCCCUACGCCUUCUUCACCCAGGCUGGCUCCCAGCAGCCUCCCCCACAGCCCCAGCCACCACCUCCGCCUCCGCCUGUGUCCCAACAGCAGCCACCACCCCCACAGGUGUCUGUGGGCCUCCCCCAGGGUGGUCCACUGCUGCCCAGUGCCAGCCUGACGCGGGGGCCCCAGCUGCCUCCGCUCUCAGUCACUGUACCGUCCACUCUCCCCCAGUCUCCUGCAGAGAACCCUGGCCAGCCGCCAAUGGGGAUUGACACCACCUCGGCACAGGCUCUGCAGUACCGCACGAGCGCAGGCUCACCGGCCAACCAGUCUCCCACGUCUCCAGUCUCCAACCAAGGCUUCUCCCCUGGAAGCUCCCCACAACACACAUCCACCCUGGGCAGCGUGUUUGGGGACGCAUUCUAUGAGCAGCAGAUGACAGCCAGGCAGGCCAAUGCGCUGUCCCGCCAGCUGGAGCAGUUCAACAUGAUGGAGAACGCCAUCAGCUCCAGCAGCCUGUACAGCCCAGGCUCCACUCUGAACUACUCCCAGGCUGCCAUGAUGGGCCUGAGCGGGAGCCAUGGAGGCCUGCAGGACCCGCAGCAGCUCAGCUACACAGGCCACGGAGGAAUCCCCAACAUCAUCCUCACGGUGACAGGAGAGUCCCCCCCCAGCCUCUCUAAAGAACUGAGCAGCUCCCUGGCAGGGGUCAGUGACGUUAGCUUUGACUCGGACCAUCAGUUCCCACUGGAUGAACUGAAGAUCGACCCUCUGACCCUGGACGGGCUUCACAUGUUGAAUGACCCUGACAUGGUCCUAGCUGACCCAGCCACCGAGGACACCUUCCGAAUGGACCGCCUGUGAGUGGCCACGACCACGGCCCGCCGCUGGUCAGUUCCUAACGGCGCCGCUCCAAACCUGGGAAUGGCGAUGUUCUGUCCUCCUCUGCCAACGGCCAAGCUUGUGGCUCUGAGCUUGCAGUGCUGCCCAGCGCCCCCUGCCAGCCGCUGCCCCGGUUGUCCGCCUCCCGUGAUGCCUGGCGCAGGCCCCUGUGUACCAGGCUGGCUGUUUGUCUGCCCAUCUGUCCACCUGGAGCCAGGCUGGCCGCAGAGGCCGUGAGUGCCGGGCUCCCAUGGACUGUCCCCACGCUCUCUCCCUGGCCCUCACUGGGGAUGUGAGAGCCCUCGUCAGUGGUCCACUUCCAAGACACCCAAAGUGUCCCUCACUCCCAGAGUGCACGAGGGGGGCUGGGGCGUGAGCUGGGAGCGCCCCGGAGGCUGAGGUGCGCCGUCCGUCCGUCCGUCCGACUGUUCUCAGCUGUCACUGCCUUCCUUCAUCCCUGCCCCUCCUACCGUCAUCCCCAGCCCUGGUCAGGUCACGCAUGCCCACCGUGCCCAGGGUGAAGACGGCAGAGCAGAGGGCCAGACCCGACAGAAUAAACACUAUUUGGAUGGCUGCCUUCUAUAUUCCUGAGCGCUCUCGGAGCGGAACAAUAGACCUGUGGCUGAAUGUGGUGUGGACAGGGUCCAUGGAAGCAGCCAGUGCCCCCUCAGCCCCUCUCAAGCACCUUUGCCCCCUGCCAGGCAGCGCCCAGUGCGCAGUACAGGGCAGAUUGGGGUCACGGCCACCUGCCCGUUUCCACCCUUCAGGCCGUCCCUACUGCUGCUUAGGCUGUGGGCUCAGGCCACAGCAACUCUGUGGGUUUGUAUUAGCGUUUGGUGGCCGAACCCUGAGCCUCUCUGGCCUGGAAGCAUGUGUUAGCCCUAGUCCCACCUUGACCUUUUUUAAAAGCUAACUGGAACUGUAGCCUGAAGCGCCUGUAAGCCAGGCUGCCUGACUGUACCCCAGACUCCACUCACCUGCAUUUAGUCUCAGCUCUGAAGAUCUGGGUGGGCAAGGAGGGGGCUGGACGUGAGGCCCUGACUGAGUGCGUUUGUUAAGAACUGCAGAGCAGACUAUAGGACCGGGCCUUGGCUUCCAUUCGGGGCCUCCGAGAACCUACUCCCUCUGAGCAUCCCCAGGGUACCAGCCAGACCUCAGCAGGUGGCUGGUGACCAGGUCUCUAUGCUGAGAUUCCCUGUCAUGGGGGCUGUGAACCUGGACUCCAUGUGAUGGGGGCCAUGGGCCUCACUUCUUUUGUGGGCAACGUUUAGCCUGUAAGUUAUCCCACCACCCUAAGUUAUAGCUUGCCGCUGUUACAUGCCUGUCUGCCAAGGCUGCACCUUUUAUUUGAUUGUUUCUCAGUGAUGUUGCCCGCUGCCCGUUCUGGGGCCUUGGGGGCACAGGAACUGUGUGUGACCUUCCCCAAGCCACUAUGUGGCUGCCUGCAUGAGAACGUUGCUGCCCCUCUGUCACCAUGCCUCCCUGUGCCCCUGCACUUGGGGAUAGCCUUGGUCUGUCCAGUUCACCUGUGCAGGUCUCAGGCCUUUCACGUGGUGCAGGCUUAGAGAAUAGAAGGGCCAUCGGCAUCUAUAGGAAACAUGCAUGGGUGCACAUCUCUCGCACUCCAGCACUGGAGAGGUAGAGGCAGGGGAAUCAAGGCCUGCCUGAACUGUGUGAGACCCUGUCUGAAAAAGCCAAAACAGAGCACACGUGCUUGGAGACUGAUUCUGAGUUACAGAAGCCUGAGCAAAUGGCCUUAGCAGAGCAGAGAGCCUGAUGCAGUUGUCAGGCCAGACCCCUGCUUCCAGCAACCAGUUGCUGGCCUUCCAAGUACCCCGUGAGCCAGGCUUAGGGGGCAUGGCCCCAUGACCCUCCUAGGCUUGUGGCCUGGUUUUCAGUGCCCUACAGCCAGGAGUGCAUGUGUCUGUGAUUAAAGGACUCUGUUCAUUGUCAAGUUCCAUGCUGAGGUGAUGGGGCCCCUGCCCAGCAUCCUAGGCAGUCCUCGUAGCGCAGCCAGGGCCUGGGAUUAGGUGCCUGCAUGCCCAGGAAGGGCUCAGUCUCCCCCACCCCGGACCUAGAGGCCCAGUGUCGGGGACUCCUGGGGGAUGACCUUUGUUUUCUGGAUGCCAGUCACCUGCCUAGUAUUGCCAGGACAUCCCAAGAUGACAGUCAUGGCUGUGGGGACUCCCAGGUGGUAGCAUGCACUUACUGUGACCCAUGAGCUGUGCUGGAAACAAGCACCCCGGAGUCCCUGCAACAUGUGCAUAGACCCUCGCCACACCCACGCUUUCUCGGGACAGCUUUGGACGCCUGGCCUUUCUCCCCUAAUGUCACCCAUGUGCCACCGUCUUCAGCAGAGCCUCAGCCAUGCAGCUGCCUGGUCCAUGCCCCUUUAAGCCCCUGGGGCAGUGGUUAUCCACCCAGAGGCCUCCAGACUGGGGAUGCAACUGGACCCAGCCAGACUGUGUCCUAAGUGGCUUGUCCCCCAACCACAGGCCCUGUCCUGUUCCUUCUCUGCGACACUGUCCGGUGACCGUUCUGUGCCAGGGAGGGCUCUAAAGAUUAUUGCAUAUUUAGCCUAACCUCCUUACACAGGGAGUCCCCUGGCGAGACCCACAUUCCACACAUGCAAGGCUGGCUGGCAGCUGUCACACUUGCCUGGUGUCAGCGUCACAGCCCUGGCACACAAGAACAGGCAAAAGGUAUGGGAGUGGCCGCCGUGUGCCAAUGCUGGCCACUGUCACAGCGAGCCAGUUCACUGCCUGCAUUUUCUAUGUCCCUGAGAUCUCCGUGCCCAGCAGGGCUGCAGGUGGGGGGGCUGCUGGAUCAGGGGCAGGGCUGCAGGGGCAGGGCUGCAGCGGCAGGGCUGCUGGUAGAUCAGGGUCAUGAUGAAGCCAUGUGCAUAGGCACGGCGUCAGUCAGUACUGUAGCUGAGCCUGGGCCCAGCUGUUGUCCCUCAGGAGGUGUCCAGGUGAGGGCACCGUGGUGCAGAGUCUACACUGUGUGUUCUCGACUGGAGGAACAUAUGGUCUUUCACAGACCCCAAGGCCUGCCUUGUGCGGUGGUGCUGGCCCUUUUAUACCCCCUUCUCCUUGACUCCUGGGGUCCCCACUUCCUUCAGGGAUCUCCUAGUGAGUGACUUGGGAACCAUGAUCAUUCCUGUCUCAGGCAUGGCCCUCAUUGUGGUACAAUUGCUCACCACCCCAUUCGUCAUGGCCACGUCUCCCAGCCAGGGCAGAAGAUGGAGGAGCCUGUGCCCUCUCAGGCCUGGGUGCUGGAGCACUCCCAAGGGCAAGGGGUCCCCUGAACCUCAGUUUCCCUUCCAUGACUAUCUCAAUCUUGCUGGGCUCAGGGGCCCAACCCUGGGCAGGAUGGGGACAGUGGCGGGGCCGGUGACACUGCCAGCUGCACGUUCUGUGCUCAGCCUUCCUCGGGGCUGGAGACCCAGCACAUGGAGUAGGGACUUACCCCAUCUCCAGCCUAAUCCACCCCAGCUGGCCAAACAGGUUCUGAUCACAUAGAGGACUGGAGGACAGAGCUGUGGCCUUAAAUCCAGAGGCCAGCUUUGGUCCUCAGGUAGCAUCUCACCCCUUAGUAGGAAGCAGAAUGACAGGCUGGCAGCCCCUCUGAUAUAUGCAAACGGCUGGUCCCACGCCCCCUCCUGAUGCCCAGGCUGCUGACCCCCGCAUGCGCACUCCACUGCUGUGGACGUCUGUGGACUGCUCACAGACACCACAGUUGGGGGUCAGGUUGCUCAGGGCAUGCACGGCCGCCCGCCCCACCUUCUGGCGCAGACGCUUCUUUGUACUUUUGCGCCCUUUGUAAUGAAAUGUAAUAAAAACCCAAUGUUUUCGUC